AUGAUAUCCUUCAUUCGCCUCGUUUCUUUGCUGGGGACCUUCGUGCGUGUCCAAGGUGUUCGCUAUCUAGGUCGCGUCAACUCGGCAACCAAGGAGUUGACUUGGUCUGGCACUGGUGUGUCAUUCACCUUCUCGGGGACAUCAGCAUCCAUUGGCCUGGCGUCUGUGAGAGGCAACAAUAGUGCCGAGUUGAUUGUUGAUGACGGCGAGCCAACGGUCAUCUCGAAUGUUGCGGGCAUCUCCAUCUCAACACCAGCCGGUUUGACUCUAGGAAACCACAGCGUUGUGUUCCGUAAACGCUCCGAGGCUGGCUUUGGCUCCAUCUUUAUUGGCGACAUCACCACCGAUGGUGUUUUCGGCCCAGACAUUCCUCUCCCAGAGCGCAAAAUCGAAGUCAUCGGCGACUCUAUCACCGUAGGAUACGGAAUUGGCGGCAAAAUACCGUGUACCAACACAGCGGCUCUGGAAGACGUCACGAAGACCUAUGGCGUCCUCGCAGCCACGUCGCUCAAGGCUGACUAUAGCAUCGUCGCCUGGAGCGGCAGAGGCAUAAUACGCAACUAUGUCUCCGCGUCCCCCGACGACAGCCCUAUCAUGCCCACCCUGUACAGUCGCUGGGGCGCCAACGACGCCAACGGCAGCUACACCUUCCCCUCGACCUGGACACCGGAUGCCGUAGUCAUCAAUCUAGGCACCAACGACUUCGGCUACCUGGGCACUGGAGCAAACGGAUCUACAUACGCUCUGCGCCCGAAACUUGACCCGCGAACAUACACCACUGCCAUGGUGCAGUUCGUUCGUAGCAUCGAAACACACUACCACAAUGCUACCUUCUUCCUCCUGAAUUCCCCAAUGCUCAAUGAUGGGUACCCUUCGGCGGCGGACGCGCAGAAAACUACCCAGACCAACGCCCUCAAAGAUGCGGUUACGCAACUUAAUGGCACGCGUCUGCAUUUUAUUGACUGGCCUUCGCAAGGAGCGGAUGUUGGCUGCGAUUAUCAUCCUACUCCUACAACGCAUGCUGCUGAGGCUGUGGUGCUGACUGCAGCUAUCCGUACAGCACUAGGGUGGUGA